AGCCUACCUCUUAAUGUCCCUGGCCAGCCUGCCUUUAAUCGAGAGCCCUUUGUCCACUAUAUCAAGACUCUGGCUCCUGGGUUAUUUUACGAUGAUAACUACUACAUGAACACCCAGAGCGGCACUCAGUGGGACGGCUUCAGACAUUUUGCUCAUUUACCUUCUGGGACGUUUUACAAUAAUACCAAGGGACAAGACAUCGAGGGACCGGCCAGUAAUCUGAAAUGCUCAAUUCACCACUGGGCUGAGCGUGGCAUCGCUGGCCGCGGCGUGCUUCUAGAUUUCUGCUCUUAUGCGCAUGCAAAGGGUCUUCAUUUUGAUCCAUACGACACUUGCAGCAUCUCUUAUCAAGACUUGCUCGAAUGCGGCCGAGCGCAGGGCAUAGACAUUCGGCCCAAGGCGCAAGGAGGCGACAUUGAGAUUGGCGACAUCCUCUUCAUCCGGAGUGGGUGGGUCGAGGCCUAUCACAGCAAAAGUCCAGCCGAACGCGCCCAUCUGGGACUCAGGGGCCACAAAGAAAUCAAGUUUGGCGGCGUAGCUCAAGAGGAAUCUAUACUUGACUGGCUGCAUGACUGCUACUUUGCUGCUGUUGCUGGGGACUCGCCCACAUUUGAAGCUUGGCCGACCAAGGCGGAAUACCACCUUCACGAGUAUAUCCUUUCCCUUUGGGGGAUGCCUUUGGGUGAGAUGCUCAACCUAGAAACAUUGGCUCGUCGAUGUCGUGAAACGAACCAGUGGACAUUCUUCUUCACAAGCGCUCCAGCAAAUUGUCCACAGGGGGUUAGCAGCCAUGUCAAUGGCACUGCGAUUUUGUAG